UUCGCUGUUGCUGGCUUUUUCAAGAGCUGCUCGCUCGCUCGCAGCCCAAGACGCUGCUUUUUUUUUUUUUUUUUUUUUUUUUCCGGGUUCGGAGCCGUUCCGGAUGCUUUAGGCUGCCGGAUGUCUGAUCUCCGGAUAGCUGAGGCGUUUCUGUACAUGGAUUAUCUGUGUUUUAGAGCACUUUGCUGCAAGGGACCACCACCUGCACGACCAGAAUAUGAUCUGGUUUGCAUAGGCCUCACAGGUUCUGGAAAGACCAGUCUGUUGUCAAAGCUCUGCAGUGAAAGCCCUGAGAAUGUCGUUUCAACCACAGGUUUCAGUAUAAAGGCAGUGCCAUUCCAGAAUGCUAUCCUGAAUGUAAAAGAACUUGGAGGAGCUGAUAACAUCCGGAAAUACUGGAGCCGCUACUACCAAGGAUCUCAAGGCGUGAUAUUCGUGUUGGACAGUGCCUCUUCCGAGGAUGACUUAGAAACUGCUAGGAAUGAACUGCACUCAGCUCUUCAGCACCCACAGUUAUGCACUUUACCCUUUUUAAUAUUGGCCAAUCAUCAAGACAAGCCAGCAGCUCGCUCAGUACAGGAGAUCAAAAAAUAUUUUGAACUUGAACCUCUCGCACGUGGAAAACGCUGGAUUCUGCAGCCCUGCUCCUUGGAUGACAUGAACGCACUGAAAGACAGCUUCUCUCAGCUGAUAAACUUGUUAGAAGAAAAAGACCAUGAAGCUAUGAGAAUGUGAAGUCUAGCAAAGAAAAUAGGUUCUCAAAAGGUCUUGAACCUAUCGUGUUAGUUUCUCGUAGUAAUUUCAUUUUGAUAUCAAGAUUAUCAUGACUCCUAAAUCUAUUUUUUUCUAAUUAUUUCAGACUCAUCUCUCUAUUAAAGUGAAUAUUCUGUAAAUCAGGUGAAUUACCAUCGGCAUUAAUGUCAAGUACACACUACUGAGAGAGAAUUUAUUCUCUGUUUACCACUUACUUGUGCGUUCACCGCAUGUCUCUUCCUUCUGUCAUUCUGAGCAUCUCUCAACACUUUGUGCUAAAAUGGAUGGAAUUCCAGGCUCGUGGAAAUCAGAUUUUUUAUGAAGAGCUCAGAAAGAUUGAUGUAACUUGGUGACUAAUGAUCCCUGGGUUUGGGAUUGGAAUUUUGGAAUUUUGUGUGUCUGAGACUACAUAUUUGUCAUUUUCAUGAUCUCUUUGGGAGCUUGGGUUGUUGUUUUUAACUUGAUUGUAUCUUUUUUGUAGGGUUUUUCUUUGUAUACUGAUUUUAUAUUUUUAUGAGCAAAAAUUAAUAACACCAAAAACUUCCAUUAAUCAUUUUAUCAUAAAGGAAUAUCUGACCAUAGCAAAAUUAGCUUUGAAGAACUUCAAGACCAAAUUAUAAUCGCUUCUUGAUUCCAGCAUCAGAAUUGGUCCUUUCCUCUUUUUUAAGAGUCAAAGACAUUGUUUUAGUUUCUGAAAUCUGGAGGAAAUGUAGGCACAAUGCAUGCACCACUGAUUACAUUUGAUCAAGUCAUUUUUUAGUGAAACCAUUAGCUGACAUAAAGCCAGGCUACAGCUUAUUAUAGGUAUCUUUUUCUAAAAAUUAGAAAUGUUUGAUUGAAACAGAGAACAUAAAUUUUAAAAUAAUAGUUAAAAUUUUAAAUCAGCCAAACAAAAUAUAAUUUAUACUGGUUAGGGUUUAAGUUGGCACAGAUUUGACAGAUAUCAAAAAUGGAAUCAUCUGUAUAUUUAUGCUUUAAAUGAUAAUGUAGUUGAGUGGAGUCUGCCAAAGCCUCCAGCUAAUAGUUUAAGGCCUAUCAGUAUUUCUGUCAUAAACCUCUAUUUUCAGGGGUUUAAACGUGUCCUUAAAAAUGUGCUGGGCCUACAGCAAAUAAAUAAUUUAAGGGCCUAGAUUCAGUUUUUUGGAACUACUUUUUCCAUUUAAUUUAAGUGAUAAAACUGUGUAGAGAUAAAUGUACAGUUUUAGUAAGGUUUAGCUCCUUUGACCUUUUUGAAAUCAAGAAUCAUCUAUGGAAAUGAAAUUCAUGGAUGAGGUAUUCUUUGGCACAUUUUGUAAACUUUUGACCACUUAUUAAAAUACCAAGUAGCCAAAUGGUAGAAUAUGCUCCCUACACCUGAGCAAUAAAGAAUUGUUUGUAAUUUUUAGGUAUCAUAGACCAAUUCCUAAAUACCACCGAUUCACACUAUGUCACAGGUAAGGUAAAACCACGUCAUUCUCCUUAGAACACACCUCAGACGCUUCAUGCCAUUCAAACACAGCUUUUUUAAAUUUCACCCUACCAAUGGAUUUCAGUGAAAUCGUUACCUCUCUUUCAAACAUCCAAGACUUAUUUUAAAUUUAUUUUUCUUUCCAAUAACGUGGAUCAGAAAGGGAUCCAUGCAGUUCAUAUAAAAUUUGUCUGUGGUAUCCUUAAGUAUCGUGAACACUGUAAUAAUUGGUGAUUAGCACAGAAUUUUUAUCCUGAUGACCAACUACACGAUGCCUGUUUUUAUUUUCUCAUAUUAUGUUUCAUCUUCUAAGAAGAAAGAAAGAAGUGAUUUUCAGGCCUUUGCUUUCCCUGCAAGUUCAUUAAAUGGAGAAUGUUGUCUUUUGAAGAUACCAUGGCUGAGAGCUCUUCAACCAUCUGUUAAAUGACUUCCCAUUUUCUGUGUGUUCAUGUGCGUGCUGGGCUUCUCCGCAGCCCCAUGACUGUCUGCAGCGUUUCAGCCGUCAGAAUGAAAACAUUAUCAAUCAGUACCCAACAACAGCUGUUUUUGACAAGUUUCUGUCUGACGCCUAAUGCUUUACAACUGUCAAUAAGGCUCCUUCUUUGUCUAGCAGGUCGGAGCUCUCUGUCUUGCUGCUUCCGCUCAGCAUCCUGUCCUUGUAACCCUAGAUUUUUGCCAUGUUUUGGAAAUCCAUGAGUGGGAAGGGUUGAGCCUGGCUGGGUGAGGGGUGGGUAAAGGGGUGUGUGUGCGCGCGCGCCUGCGUGUGUGUGUGUGUGUGUGUGUGUGUGUGUGUGUGUGUGUGUGUGUCCUCUUCUGACUUUUGUGGAAAGUGCCACAGGUGUCUUAGUUUGCAUAUUCAAAUAUUAUAUAGGAAAAACAGUCUGUUAUGUAUUUCUUCACUUAGCUUCUUGUUAUAUUUAUGGAAGUUGCCAGUUUUUGUACCUUCUAAGGCAAAGCAGUUGCCUUUUUAUAAUGGCAAUUAAUUUAUAUAAAACUUUGUAUCUACUGUAGUUUACAGUAUUGGUUGCUAAUUAACUGCCAUAUCACCUUGUCUUUCUAUUUUUAAAAAAAAAUGCUGUAUCUAUAUUUAGAGGUUAACAGAUUCAUGUGGACAUUUGCCAGGCAAAAAGAACUUGUAUUGUCCAUGAUUUAUAUAUGAUUUCCACUAUCUUCCAAUGAAAAUAAACGCUGAGUAGAACUCA